AUGUAUGUAACAAAUCAUGCACCUCUCAUGAGAGACUACCGACCUGUCCGAACCCACUUCAAUCUGCAUCUACAUGGGCGAUGGUAUGGCUCGUUUAACCCCCCUGGAUCCACAGAUCCGCAAAUGGAGGGUCGCGACUUCAGUGUCAUCAGGCACGCACGAAGGGAAAGAAGCACCACCGGCUGGGAUCCAAUUGAUGCGCCUGUCUUUCCAGAUAAAACCUUUGCUCACGCCUACACGAUCGAUCUUGAUGCUGAUCAACUAACGCGAUACGAGCGGGGCAGGGAGCCUCCGAUCGACCGAUUCCCCCUGUCAGCCGUCCAUGAUGAAGAUGAUCUGCAGAAGCCGUGGGCGUUUAACCACCAGACUGUCCCCGUUGACAUCUAUAACCAGAAAGUUGAGCAACCUCCUGUGCCGGAGACAUUGCGGAUUAGAUUCAAUCCACCAACCUGGCAGCAUCAGCUUCAGUAUGAAAUAGCGACGGAUUUCAUCUAUCAGUGGAGAGAGAUGAUUGAUGACCCUAGCACAUGGCUGUAUCCCUCUGAUGGGUUCAAGCAAUUGGCCAUUGCUCUUCUCCGGAUCGCAGCGUGGGAGCUCGAGGUGGAACCGAGGACUCCCGGACCAGACGAGGCUUGUUUCGAAUCCCAGCUUCUAAGUAUCACGAGGCCGCAUUGGGACUAUCCAUCCCAGAGCGUAUUCUGGUUCCAUGGCGUUGUGAUCGUGUUUUGUCUACGGUUAGAUAGAACUGAGCCGGUUGAGGAGGCCAUUCGACAGGCCCAAGAGUUCCUUGGUGUUGAUCGUCAGGGUACAUCUCACGUCAUUCUCACCUCUCUUCGUCAUGUCGCUUUCAUGAAGAUUUCCCAAGGAUCUGUUUCAUGCUCUGCCGUGUUCCCCUUAAUCACCAACACAUCAGCUCAGAAGCCCUCCCCAGGCCUUCGUGCAUUGGUGCAUGUGCUAUCUCCAUUCACCUGGAAAAAGCCACUGAGCCUCAGCGGAGAGCGGUGGGGGUUCCAUCUGCCACUGGAGAUCAUCGAGAUGAUUCUUCACCAUCUCGGACAAAGGGAGCUGGCCUUAUUCCGUCAGGCGUCUUCUAUAGUUGACAGAUGCUACUAUUCGAUGAUACCAAAACCGGCCCCUGACUUUCCUGGUCUCCAUUUUCCAAAACACGAAUUCAUAUGCCCUGUCUGUUUUGAAGGAAGCUAUGAUCUUGACAUAGUAUGCUGCGUAUCAUGUCUCGAAUGGCAUCCUAACUGCACGUGGCAUGAGAUAGCUAGCGAUGAGUACAGAUGCAUAUUGUGCAAAAGAAAUGGCUCGCAUCCAACACUCGCCCCAGGCCGAAUUCAACAAAGAUCCUCUCAGCCUAGAGCGAUGCCUGACUCGAACAUCACCAUUAACGGACGUCAUUUGAAACUAUGUCCGCUCAGGAAGCCUCUCCCUGAAGGUGUGUCUUAUCCAGUGAUAUCUAUGAUCGAACAGCCCAUCCAGUAUAAGAUCCAGUUCAGUGGUGUGUUUUCCGGUGUUGCGUAUCGAUUUGCAAAUAUAGGACCUCGGUCAAAAUACCGACAUGGGCGCUGGGCGAAUAGAAUAUAA